AUGAAGGCCACGGUCCUUACUUACUAAUGCUCCUUCAUUUUGGUGAUGUUGCCUUGCAUGUGGCGUGUAUAAUUUGUAACGUUUUAUUUCUUUUGCUGGUGUUGUUAAGUUGAAUUGGUAAAAUCAUGCCAACGAAAAAUGAAUCGGUUGAAAGGAUUAAGAAGUUCAAGAAUAAAGGCAAAGACCCAUCUGAGCUUCGGAAGCAGAGGAUUGAAGUGAGUGUUGAACUUCGUAAGUCACAGAAGAAUGACCAGAUGAUGAAGAGAAGGAAUAUGUCCUCCCUUCCAGAUGAUGAACCACUCUCUCCUGAGCAAAAGAAACAAGAAAAUGAAAAGGUUUCUGAAACAACAAUUGAAGAAAUUGUAAGGAAUGUGAAUGGCAAAAGCAUAGAGGAGCAAAUUAGAGGGACUCAAGCUGCCAGGAAGUUGCUGUCCAGAGAGCGGUACCCUCCCCUAAAUGAAAUCAUUAACGCUGGGCUGAUCCCAAAAUUUGUUGAGUUCUUAGGCAGAGAUGACGAAAGUGUUCUGCAGUUUGAAGCUGCCUGGGCUCUCACCAACAUCGCCUCUGGAACAUCAGCACACACUCUGAAGGUUGUGGAAGGAGGGGCUGUUCCAGCUUUCAUAUCCCUGCUGUCAUCCCCUCAUAUGCACAUCAGUGAGCAAGCUGUGUGGGCUUUGGGGAACGUUGCAGGUGAUGGCCCAGUGUACCGUGAUGCUCUCAUUGAUUGUAAUGUAGUGCCAGCACUCCUAGCAAAAGUCACACCAGAAACACCAGUUGGUUUUCUCCGUAAUCUCACCUGGACUUUAUCCAAUUUGUGUCGUAAUAAGAACCCUUAUCCACCGCUGUCUGCUGUGCAACAAAUUUUGCCCACCCUUAUUCAACUCUUGCAUCAUACGGAUAAAGACAUCCUCUCAGAUGCUUGCUGGGCUGUUUCUUACCUAACUGAUGGGUCAAAUGAUCGCAUUGAUGUUGUGGUGAAAACUGGUGUUGUUCCUCGCCUUGUCCAACUCAUGGCAUACCCUGACCUUUCAGUUUUGACUCCAGCUCUCAGAGCCAUUGGAAAUAUUGUGACUGGGACAGACUAUCAGACUCAGAUGGCUAUUGAUGCAGGAGUGCUUUCUGUCCUACCUCAGUUGUUACGCCACUCAAAAGCAAGUGUACAGAAAGAAGCUGCGUGGACAGUAUCCAACAUCGCCGCAGGGCCAUCCCCACAGAUCCAGCAACUGAUCACUUGUGGGCUCCUUCCCCCACUGAUUGAAGUGCUCAAAAAUGGAGAUUUCAAAUCCCAAAGGGAAGCGAUAUGGGCCGUGACCAAUUACACCAGUGGUGGCACAGUUGACCAGGUGGUAUUUCUUGUCCAGUGUGGGGGACUGGAACCACUGCUUAAUCUUCUCACUGUUAAAGACAGCAGAACCAUCCUAGUAACUAUAGAUGCCAUUACAAAUAUAUUCUUGGCAGCAGAAAAGCUUGGUGAAACUGAAAAGCUGUGCGUGCUUGUUGAAGAGCUAGGAGGUCUGGAAAAAAUCGAACAUUUGCAAUCCCAUGGCAAUGACACUGUGUAUCAAGCUGCACAGACUCUGAUUGACAAGUAUUUUGGGGAGGAAAAUGAAGUGCCAGUAUAUCCCAUGGACCCAGAUGCUCCCGAGAUGCAAUCCCAGUUUAAUUUUUAAAUAGACCUCCACCUAUGCUAUACCAGAAUCUGACACAUGCAAUUUAUAAUUAAUAUUUAUAAUACAAGAGUUUUUGCAAGUC